AUGACAACACCCCUGGAUAACCCCCUGGCACCUUUCAACAAACUGAGUCCCUCGGUUUAUAUGCAGGACCCAGCAGGGCCACAGCUGACCGGUCAGCCGCUGAUCUUCAUUGCUUUUUGGAUGAACGCACCGCCACGUGCACUGGCAAAAUACGUGCUUCAAUAUCGACGUCUAGUACCAUCAGCACGCAUAGUAUUUGUUCGUGCGUCGUCAAACGACUUCAUCUUUCAAUCUGGCAAAAGAUCCCAAGAGAAACGCGUUACGCCUGCCGUUGAAGCACUUGCCUCGGCAACUCGGGCAAACCCCGUGUUCGUGCAUUGUUUCUCAAAUGGCGGCCUUUUCAGUGCAGUGAAUCUCCUACAGGCCUUCAAAUCAAAAACUGGACAGGCCCUGCCAAUUUCUUUCAUGAUCGUGGAUAGUGCGCCAGGUACUGCAAACCUGUCUUCCGCUGUCCGGGCCUUUUCUUUUAGUCUACCUCGGUCAUGGAUCCUGCGAAUGAUCGGAAAAGCUCUUCUAUGGGUUACUUUGGGCUCUAUUUUCGUAUUGCAUGCUGUGACGCGAUCACUUGAUCCUAUUUCCUACGCCAGUAAGGUGAUCAAUGAACCAUCUCUACUACGAGCCGUGAAUGCAGCCAAUAAACCGACUCGCUGCUAUAUUUACUCCGACACAGAUGAUCUAGUUGAUUGGAAAGCGGUCGAGAAACAUGCGUCAGACUCGGAAGCCUGUGGCUGGCUCGUGCGUCGUGAACAAUUUCAAGGCACAGCUCAUGUUGGUCAUAUGCGAGCUGCACCGGAUCGGUAUUGGGCCAUUAUCAAAGAUUAUCUGGAGCACACUGUACCUGCAUGA